GACCGCUAACAUUGUAGUCGUGUUGCGCAGAUUAUCAAAUCGUUAAGUAUUGAUGGGAUUUCAGCCAUGUUAAACACUGCUCCCAUGUUUUAAGAGAUCUGAUACACACCUGAAUGGUCUCAGGUCCCCACAAAUGCGGUCGUGUCUUCACGAUGUGAUAAUUUGCUGAACAGGGUUAAAAUGUAGUUAGCUAGUCUGGAACGACACCGAAGACUGUCAGACUGGACCAGCCCGAAACCGGGUGCGCGCUAACGCUCGUGCUUCUUCAGUCUCACUGGCACACUAGACUAAGGCAUCACCGUCGUCAGUGUAGCAAAGAAUUUGGAAUACAGUAGCUGCGGCAAAACAUUUCAUUUCGAGAAUUUGCAUUUGAGAUGGGAUCCUCCGUGAUGGAGGAUAAGGAUGAGACCUGCACAGAGCACCUAUACUGCUGUGGUGCUGUCACAGAAGUCCUCAAAUUCGGCACCCGUAACCUACAAUCUGGCAAUCUCCCUAAAGUGCUUUUUCUCAUCAUUCCAGGUAACCCAGGUGUGGUUGGCUUCUACAAGACCUUCAUGCAGACGCUUCACCAGACGUUGGGCCGGCGCUACCCUGUGUGGGCAGUGAGCCAUGCUGGCCACUGUGUGCCUCCUGAUACUAUGGACAUGAUUGAAGACCCAUCAGUGACGGCAGCGGGGGACGUGUUUGGUCUGAACGGGCAGAUAGAGCACAAGCUCGCCUUCCUUAGGGAGCACGUUCCCAGGGACACUCGCCUGGCCCUGGUGGGCCACUCCAUCGGCUGCUACCUCAUCCUGGAGAUGAUGAAGAGGGAUCCUGAGCUGCAGGUGGUGAAGUCAGUGAUGCUGUUCCCCACCAUCGAGCGCAUGGCGGUGACACCUCAGGGAAGGGUCAUGACCCCGGUGCUGUGCCGCCUGCGCUAUGUGGCCUACCUGCCCAUCUUCCUCCUCUCUCUUCUACCUGACGUACUCAAGGCCUUCAUGGUGAAGCUGGUCUUGGGAGGGCUGCGUUCACUGGACCACUCGACCGUGCCGCCUACUGUUAGCCUCAUUAAUGUUGACACCGCUGCCAAUGCUAUGUACAUGGGGAGUCAAGAGAUGUUGGAAGUUCUGGAGAGAGACAACUUAACCAUCAAUCAAAACCUUGACAAGCUUGUGUUUUACUAUGGAGCCAGUGACCACUGGUGCCCUGUGCAGUAUUAUCAGGAGAUCAAGAGGGACUUUCCAGAAGGAGACAUCAGACUGUGUAGUCAAGGAAUUCGUCAUGCCUUCGUCUUGGACGCAGGAAAGGAAGUGGCUGGUAUGAUCUUUGAAUGGAUCCGCGGUGAUUUGCAAACAUGGGGCUAGUUUCAAAUACGCUCCAAGCAGCAUGACAGUGCGACCGUGAUUUAAAGAAAUUGUCAUCGAAAUAUCAAUUGGAUAAUGAUAUUGUAGGUUUAUGUUACCUAAAUUAAUUUAAAACUUUUAAGGAGUGAUGACAUCUGGUAGUGAAAGAAUUAAGAUAUUUGUCCAAAAUCAUUGUCAAAGCUCUUUAAGCACUAAACUAGUUCCCUAGGCUAUAACGUGUGAUUAUAGCCACUACAGUACCAUCACUGCCUUAUAGUUACAGAGAUACAGUGGCUUGCGAAAGUAUUCACCCCCUUGGCAUUUUUCCUAUUUUGUUGCCUUA